GGAAGCGCUGAUAGUUCACUGGGAAAUGUUAAACUAGCUUGCUAGUUUUUGAGUGUAAAGAGCAUUUUAACUGCUUUGCAGCCCUCUCGAAGAGAGUAAUGUUCACAAACUGUUCCCUCGGACAUUGUCAUAUUAUCAUUGCUGUGGUUCUUUGGUCCAUUUGUGUAGACUCGCGGAAAAUCAGAGGAAUUUCUUUAUCGUAUAAGAGGUUUUAUAGAGAAAGAAAGUCCUUCCUGUGUAUCGAUGGGUCUAAAAUGAUCCCUUUUGACCAGGUGAAUGAUGACUACUGCGACUGUAUGGAUGGAUCAGAUGAACCAGGCACUGCAGCCUGUCCUAAUGGCCGAUUCUACUGCACCAACCUCGGCUACCGCUCUCACUACAUACCAUCUUCACGUGUCAAUGAUGGCAUCUGCGACUGCUGUGACGCUUCAGAUGAAUACAGAAGUCAAACGCCUUGCCAAAACACAUGCAGGAAUCUGGGACAGAGGGAGCGAGCGGAGGUGGAGGGCCAGACGAGGGUCCUGGGUGAGAGGCUGAGACUCAAGCAGCUGCUGAUUGAGGAAGGCGUCCUCACCUGGCGGGAGAAACAGGCCCAGCUUCGUGACCUGCAGCGGGUCUCUGACGACCUACAGACCCAACUGGACGAUCUCAGGAAGGAGGAGGCAAGGAGGAAGGAGGAGGCAGACGCACUCAGAGAGCGGGAGAUGGGGGCACGGGAUACGGCGGACAACAGUCCCACGAGUCACUAUAGGCCUGAGUCUCCAAUCAGCGUUUUCAAAGAGUUGGACAGCAAUAGAGAUGGAAGUAUUACCGUGGAUGAAGUCCAGGCGAAACUCUCUCCCGUCCAGGAUGAGGAGCAUGCUCUAUCUGAGGAUGAAGCCGUGGUUUUGCUAGGAGGGGCCCAUCGGGUUGAUCUCUCCAGGUUUGAGGAGACACUCUGGACCAGUCUGAGGACGGGUGACAGUGUAACAAUCAAAGGGAGACGUGGUGUGCCAGGCAGUCUGGCAGAUGAAGACCCCAACAUCAAGGCCGCCGUGAGCGCUGCUGAAAAGGCGGCCGCUGAUCUAAAGAGAGUUGAAGACGCGUACGAAACGGUGUACAUGGAAAUCAGGGACCUAAGGGAGAAACUUUCCAUAGACUACGGAUCAGAGAGAGAGUUUCUAUUCCUGCAUAACCAAUGUUUCCAGCUGAAGGUCUAUGAGUGUUGCUAUGUUAUUCAGGAACGUGUCAAGACCUGACCCUCAGAGCCUACCUUCUAUUGACCCUGUUGACUCAUCAGUAGGAAAGAUUUGUUUCUCUUUUGGUCCAUUCAACAACAGAGCGACACGAUCCUUGUUUCAGCAGGAUGUUGUAUCUAUACCUUAUGUCAUGCCUUAUUGGAAUGGAUUUAUUGAUAAUAUCUGUUGGAAAAAAGUUUGGAUGUUGCCACAAACAUACCUACUUGUUAACAAAAUUAAGGAAGUUUCCUUUAAAAUUAUUCAUAAAUAUUAUCCUGCCAACCACUAUAUGAAGAAGUUUAAGGAAAACAUCAACUCAAAUUGUUCCUUUUGUAAUGACCACCCAGAAACAGUUGUGCAUCUUUUCUGGCAUUGUAUGCAUGUAAGAAAACUGUGGCAAGACAUCAUUAGGUUUAUAAUUGAACACAUUUAUGAAGAUUUUACACUAUUGUGGAGAGAUGUACUGUUUGGAUUCUUUACAUACAAUAGAAAUAAGCGGAAUCAUUUUUAUGUAAUUAAUUUCAUUAUUCUUAUGGCCAAAUUUCAUAUACACAAAUGUAAAUUUACAAACAGAAAACCACAUUUUCGUACCCUACAAAAAGAAAUUCAACUGUAUUUUAAGACGGUUAAAUGCUCUACUAACAAAAAAGCUGUUAGAAUUGUAAGUAUAUGCAUGUCCCUUAAGGUCCUUGUGUAAUUGUAAUGUGAUAUUGUACCCCCUAGCCCCGCCCCUAGCCCCGCCCCCAGCCCCGCCCCUAGCUCGAUUGUCCAUUGUUUGUAAUCUAUGUAUGCUUGUGUUCCCUCAUGUGCUUUAUGUAUU